AAUUUAUCCUGAAAUCAAAGUAACUUGAAUGCUAAAUGACAAGUUGAAAUCAGAUUUAAAGUAAGGGUAGUUGGUGGUUGAAGAUAGAACAACAGUGGGGGUAGUUCGAAUGCUUAAAAGGCCUUUGCAAGGCUUUUACUCCCCACAGUCUUGGUAAGAGAGUGAAUUCAUAUUGAAGUAAGAAGUAAGAACGUGUGUAACUUUUCGCGCCAGAUUUAAUUAUUCUAAAUUUAAAAAUCGAAAUGAUAAAUAAAAGUUAAUGCCGUGAAUAAAUUUAUUUCGUGUUCUUCUUUUUUAAAUAGUGAUUUUAAAAAUAAAGCGACAAUUAUUCUGUUUUGGAAAAGUUGAUAAAGUUAACGUUAAUCAUGACGGAAUUUAUGAGGAUUCGUAUAUUAUUCACUACAGUUCUUUUACUUUGCGCCUUUACCUCAGUUUGGUCCAUGGCACUCACAACUUUUGGAAAAUCGAAUCCUCAAAAUCAAAAUCCAACGCCUCCACCAACAUCCGUUGGAAAGGCUCGUGAGUGCAAAACACAAUCCAAUUGUGAAGGGAUACGAAACACAUUUUGCAUGAUCCAUCCUCAAGACAAUAUCAUGCGGUGUCUUUGUGGAGAUUAUAGUGCACCUGACAAUGGGCUUUGCAAAAAUAAAAUACAAGCUGUUGGUGCACCCUGCAAUACAGAUUCUGAAUGUACUGAAGGAGCUCAAUGCGUUAAUGCAAACAAUACGCUGUCAAUAAAACGAUGUUAUUGCAAAGAAGGAUAUUUUGAAGAUAAUAAAAUGUGUAAUGGAGCUUCUACGACUCUAGGAAUUUCGACAUUCACUUUAUUCACCAUCUUUCUUAUAUUUGGAAGAUCCAAUAUCUGAAGAAACGUAUAAAAAGAUUUUAAUUAGUUUUUAAAUAAUAAUUAUAUCACUAAAAACUAAAAACACAUUAGGUUUCAAAGGUUUCGUUCAAGCCAGUCAAAGCAACAAAGACUUGUUUCAUUCAUCAUUUGUGGCGUUUUGGCUUUAAAUCAUUAUUUAACAUUUAUAAUUCUGAAAAGUUCAGCUGCGAAUUUUUAUUCUUAUAUAUUAUACUAUUAUAAUAAUAUAUUAUAUUUGAAAAUGUAAUCGCAAUUUCAUAAUACCAAGAAUGCCAUCUGAUAUCAAAUGGAACAAGUAAUAUAGAUUUUAUAUAAAUUAUUAUUAAUUACAAAAUUAUUCUAUAACAAAAAUUAAUAAUUAUUUCAAAAAUCAAUUGCGAAUUUAAUAUCUAUAAUAAAAUGAAAUUACAAUUUUAAUUUAAAAUAAUAAAAUACUCGUUUUAUGAUUAAUUAAAAUUUUUAUGUUUCAUCUUGAUAUUCUAGUCUACAUAUUCUUGACUGCUGGUUAGGUCAAGUGUUAAGUCGAGGAUAUUAACUAAAUAUAAGUUAUUAGUAUAAAAUAAUUAUUUUACUUA